UUCAAUUUUGCUUUGGCUCCAAAUAUCAUUGCAAAUUACAAAUCGAUUCGACAUUUAAAGUACAUCACUUUAAAUCGCAUAUUUUAAGUUUCAUAUCCAACACAUAAUUUUGCAAUCUUACGCACAGUAUGGCUGACGUUAUCGCUAUUGUUAUGUAUAUAAUGUAGAUACUUGUUUAAUAUAAGUAGUUACAAAGUUCAUUUUUAUCAUAGAUGAAAAUAGGUUGCUCGUCGUCCUUGUUCAAACGUGGCCACUUGAGACUAGAUUUGAGCCGUGUCACGACAAAACCAACAUAGUGGGUUUGCGACCAGCAUGGAUCCAGACCAGCCUGCGCAUCCGCACAGUCUGAUCAGGAUCCAUGCUGUUCGCUUUCAGUUUCUGUACUUGUAAUAGAGUUGGUAAGCGAACAGCAUGGAUCCUGAUCAGACUGCGCGGAUGCAUGCUGGCCGCAAAUCCACUAUGUUGGUUUUGUCAUGACACGGCUCAAUUAUAUACUACUAUACUAGUACGUCACGUUAUUGUCCUCAAUAUUAACAUUCUAAUUUAUCAGUCGUAUUUUCGGAUUAUUAGAUUUGAAAGUUGACAAAAAUAUGUGAUCAGGAAGUUUAUUGUUUUAAUCAUAGGAAAAAGUUAGAAAUAGUUCAGAUACAUUUUUGUUUCAAAAUGGAAUACACAACGCAUACACAGGGUCCGUGUAUGCUGUCUGUGUUCAGUAAGACAUUAGGAUAUGUUUUGAUAGGAACCAUGACUGUCAGUCUGAUACCACAAAUUGUAAAGAUAUUGAGAAAGCGGAGUGCUUCUGGAGUCAGUUUCGUUAGUAUUUUGUUGACGCUGGAAGCGUCUUCGGCAACUGUCGCUUACGCCAUACAAAAAAGAUUUCCUGUAAGUGCAUGGGGUGAGAAUAUAGUACUGAUGCACAUGAAUGUGGUGCUGAUUUGCCUCCUACUACGCUACAACAACAAACUGAAAACAUCUAUAACUUUUCUAGCAAUAUAUAUAUUGUUUAUGCUAUUAACUGCUGUGGCCAACUGUUCCCAGUCAGCUUGUAUGGGGCCUAUAUCUAUUAAGCAUGCCUGCAAUUGCUGCAAGCAGGUUAAUACAAAUGUAUAAAAACCGGAAGACAAAAGAUCCAGGUCAGCUUUCAGCAACUACGGCAUUUUUAUGUAUAUUCCAAGGGUUCGGACGCCUUACGACGUCAAUAGUUACAACCGGUGAUGACGUCAUGAUAUAUACCUUUGCUGUCGUCACGCUAUUAAACAUUCUUCUCUUUUUACAAGUGAUAUAUUACAGACGAAAACUGAAGAAAGUUUCUUGAGAUAGUAAAUGACUUAUGACUCGAAGUCUAUUGGAAGUAGACUUGCUUUCAAAAAUAUAGGUAACAAGCGUUGGGAAAGCUACUCGGGCAAAAUGUUUAGUCUUUGAAGAACCGCUAACUGUUUCCAGAAAAACAAAUGAAGAUGUAAGAAUGAGAAGAUACCGCUUCUGUCGGGUCGCCAACAGCGGGCGAUGGUCAAACCGACAACCUUCCACCGGUAGCUGGGUGGCAAUUAGUAUACAUUUUAGUCAGUCAAAGGUUCAUAAAGUUGACAGAAAUUUACCUUUGCAUUAUAUGUAUGUCGGUGGUCACUUUCAAAAUGGGCCAAUGUUUCAUAUUUAUAUAUGUAAUUAAAAACUUUUUUUCGGGAGAUACCUUCGUGAUAAUGCGCUUUGAAAUGGAGUGAUAUUGCUAUUUAAUAAAGAGUGCUGAUUUAUUGAUGUUAAUUAAAAAACAAUUGACCUAUAAGUAUUUGCUGUUAUGUGUUCGUAUGUCGCAUUUUCAAUUUGUAUGAUGCAUAUUUUUAUGUUAUUUUGUACUUGAUGGAAACUUUAUUUCAAUCUUAAUAAAUCUUGAAAAUCUG